CUUAAAAACAAAAAUAAAAAACACAGAACAUAAUAUGUAGCAAAAUUUUUAGUUUAUUGAUAUGUACAAAAAUUUACAAAACACAAUUUGGUAUAUGUUCAUGUAGUCUUAUUAAAAUUUUGAUGCCCGGUGUUGAGAAGCAUCUUCACUCUUUUAUGAGCAGGUUUUAUCCUCAAGAUCUGCUCUUGCCACUCAAUGAUGUAGUCGUCGAAACAGUCAUCUUCUAGCAGUAAGUAUAAAGUACGGAGUAAGAGAUGAAUGAGCUGCCGAAAAAGAGAGAGAGCGCAUUGAUGCGGCGGUCUAAAUAUCACUACUGCUCCAACCGCAUCAAGCUCCAGUUCGGUCUGGACGAUUCAUCCGAUCUCCUUGGGACGGGCGGUUUCCAAGAUGAUUCGACAUCAGGCGACUUGAUGGAUAUCAAAUUUACCACAACCGGGAUCACAACUUCUUCCGACACAUCAAUUUUGGAUGAGUUGAUAUUUAAAUCCCGGAUAGAAUCGCCUACUAGGUCCAAUAUCAGGCUCGAUCUCAUGGAUGACUCCCUUUUUGACUGCGAUCUUUCGACAAACCGAUCUCUUCUGGAUCAACUUAUCAAAGAGGAUUUAGAUAUUAUUUUUCCAAGAGGAGAAACGAGUGGGCAAACUGCAAGUGAGUGCGAGGGACAGCCUUUGAAAAAUUUCCCCUCAAAUGAUGAACACGGCUUUAAAAAUGAAGAAAACAAAAUUGACAAAGAAAAAUCAAGUGAAUUUGGAAAUGAAACCGAUCAUAUGCUUAAUAACACAAAUGAUAAUUGUUCUGAAAAAAUAUUUAUUUGCACAAAUGUACAGAGUCAGGAACCAGUUGCAGAUAAACAAAUUAAUGAGAAUGAUGAAAAAAAUUACAAUGAAUUAUGUAUUGGUCAAUUUGCAGAUCUUCCUUGUCAUGAUCCACAAUUCCAUGGUUCAGAUUUGUGUGAAAAUGAUUGUCAAACAGUAUGCUAUGAACAAUUAAAUUCAGUUAAGUUAGAUGAUGUUCGUUGCAACAGCAAGAAUUUAUUCAAUCCAUUUGAAGUAAAAAUUGAUUUAGGUUUGCCUCAGCACAAUGAUUUUCAUGCGACUUUAGCUCUCAAAGCUUUCCUGAAAAUCAAUUCGAGGCAACCUGUUGUGGAUGGCGAACAAAAACAUCAACAAACUGAAAAUAAAGCAUCACUUUCUUUGUCCGAUUAUACAAACGAUGAAGAUACUACAGGAACCGAUGACUACACGGAAAGUACAUAUCCCAAAAAGCUCAUUUACAAAACACCAUUCAAAUCUUACUUAACUAUGAAAGCUCCUUGGAGAAAACUUUCAUACAGGAAUCAUUUAAAAAGAUUCAAAUUCAAAAGUAGAUUACAUCACAAUUCAAUAGAAUCUUCCAAAAAUGAAACAGUCCCAGUCAAUUCUUUGUCGGAUUUUGAAAAAAGAUUAGAAGAAGUUGAACUGAGUGUCAAAGCGAAUGAAAGAAACAAUGUUAAACUUAAUGAUGAUCUCAAAGAAAACUCUGUGAAGCUUUUGUCCCUCGAAGAGAAAAUAUUGACUUUGAAAUCGUGCUCGUCCUUUGUGUCGACCGAAGAGAAUACAACUUCAGAGUGCACUUCAAUCCCGUACAACGACUCGGGAAAUACGGUAACUGAACCUUCUUUGGACAUCAACAGAGAUUCAAAGCAGGAUGAAACAAACAAAGCGCCUUGCAUAGAACGUAGUGAAGAAUUAUCCCAAGCUACAGGAAAAAUGAAAAACUUGAAAGGCGUUUCAUUAAAGCGUUUGAAGAAACACAUUUCAUGGCAGAACAUAAAACCAGCAAAUCUCAAAUUACAUGCAUAUUAUCACCUUGAAACUACGAACUUCUCUAAAGCAGAGUAUGGCCAUUUGAACUUUGGUACCCCACCGAUUAAGUCCUUGGACAGUUCGCUUAAAUCUAAAAAAUCUCUAUUGAAAGAAAAUGAUUAUAAACCGGAACAGACUGUAUCCGUGGUUAAAAAAAAGCCCAUCAUCAUUAAAAGAGGCGCCAAAAAGGGCCGAAGGUCUUUCCUGUACAAAAUGGACUCACGCAGAGGAAGUUCAAAAGAAAAAUCCAAGUCUUCCGAAAUGGAAUUGAAAGAGAGUUUAUUAAAAGUAAUAACAGAAAACAAAGAGUGCCCGAACUCUCCAAAAAAUCUUAUUAAAUUCCCAGAAGAGAAAAUUUACAGUCUUACCAUCCAGAAAAAUAAAAUGGACAGCUUUGAAACUUGUACCUCACCAAAUAAAUCAGUCAUUCUUCCACUCUCAGAGUUUAAAAGACUGUCCGAGGACAAAUUUGACAGUCCUAAAGUAUCUAAGAGUAAGUUGACUAUAGAAUCAAAGCCUCAACUUAUACAAGACAAUGAUGUUUUGAAUGAUGAAAAACCAAACAAUGAUAAAAACUCGGAGGAUAAAGAUCUUGAUGAAAAAACUAGCACGGAGACUAAUAUUUCAGAAAGAGGUGAAAAAAAUAGCAAAGUAAUUUUAAUUUUGGAAGGACCUGACAUAGUGCCAAAAAACAAAAUAGAAAUUGAUGUAUCUGUGAUAAAAGAACUGAAGGAACAAUUACUUCAAGAUGAUUGUUUGUCAACAGGAAGUGCGAAAGUCUCGGUGCUAAAAAGUUCUUUAUCCACUCAAUCCUUGCUGGAUAAGAAAAUCUUUUUAACACCAUCUUUGAGCAAACUAGAAGGAAUCAAUAUCAACUCCAAUGAAAACUCACGUUCAGAUCCCCCAACAGAUUUCUUUUCAAACAAUUCAAAUAACACAGACUGUCUCAACGAAAUAAAUAAUCUUGAACUCAACCAAAAUGAAAAUAUUUAUAAGUCUCAAAUAUUGAACAAAGUCUGCGUGUCGAUAGACAAAUUGGGAUCUGAAAAUACUAAUAAUUCUACAGAAGGCACUUCGGAAAAUACAUUGGAAGAACAUCAGCGAGACAGCCGAUUGAAAAUCAAAUCAGAGAUAAACAGACUUAUUGAUGAUGUUAUGGAAAGAACAAAUCAAGUUUUGAUUAAAAACAAACAAUCAGAUCACUCUAUUCAAAAAAUUGCAACACCAUUACCAUCAGUGAAUAAAGUGCAUGAUCAAAUGGUUCCUUUGAAUAUUUCAAGUCCUGAUGUUUCAACAGACAAUUCAAAAAAUAAAACAGACAAUCACUUAGACAAACAACCUUCUACCACUGACCCAAAAAUACUAGAUGUAUCUAAUUCUAAAAAUGUAAUAGUUGAUGGUGGUUUAAUCAAUGACAAGAUGAUUUUAAGUAACAGUAAUUUAACAGCUAAAAAUUUUGAUAUGCCUGAAAUGACAGAAUAUGACAAUGUACUGAUGCCUCCAAGUAAAAAGCUGGAAAUCUUAAAUGAUUCUGAGCAAAAUGAAGUGCAAAAUACAAUUGAAAAAUCUUUAAGUAAAUCAAAAGUAGCAUUGCAAGAAACAACAGUUGAAAAAAAAUCAAUUGCUGAUUUUCUAGAUGUUUACAAUCCAACUGAAAUCAGUUCUUUUGAGAAAAAUAACUUGCCUGUUCAAGAGUUAAAAAGUGAUGUAUUAAACAAAAAAACAAUAAAAUCUCCCUCUUUAACGAGAAAAAGUCAAUUUUCAUUUGAAGGACAAGUUGAUUCCAAAAGUGACAAUGAAGAGACAAAUAACUUUCUUAUGCUAAAAAAGCAUUUGCAGGCAAAGUUAAUGUCUUCAAAUUUAGAACCUAUAAAAGAAGUUUCGACUGUUACACUCGAAAAAAACUGGGAUCGCAUUUCACAGAAAAAAAUUACGUUAAAUAUAUGCGAAGAAAAUAAUCCUCAGCUCUGUGGUGAAGAAGAAGAAAUAAGUGAAAAGAAAUUACACUAUUUGGAAAUUAUUAAAAAGAUCAUGUCAGAGAUAUAUAAAGUAUCUGUAAAAAACACCGAAUCAAAAGAAAAAUUUGAAAAUAUGGAAAAUAUAAAUUUAAAAGAUAUAAUCAAGCUUGAAAAGGACAGUUCAAUAAAAGUUUUGACUGAUGAAAAUCCAGAGAGUAUAGAGAUGACAACAAUGCACUUUGCUCAUUCAGCUAAUCAUUAUAAACCGCCUUUUGAUAUUAAUUCUAAGAAGUUAGAUGUUGAAACUCCACAAAAUGAAGAAACAAAUGAAGGAACUAAGCUCGUUUCGCAUUCUCUUGCAGGAAAAACAAUUCUUCUUCCGGCAGAGAGAAUGUUCAAUAAAAAAAAUAAUUUAGAAGACCAUUACACAAAUCAGCCACCGAGGCCUGUACAAAUUGGAAAGAAAAGAGAAAUUCAAAGUGAACAAAGUUUCAAUUCAAACAACGAACUGAAACAAAUCCUUCCGUCUCAGCAGCCAAUUUUUUGCCCAUCUAGAAACAUACUACAUCUUGAUCAGUUUGGAAAAGACUUUCAAUCAAAAACUCCUAUUGUUCAAUCAAAUUCACCAAAAAUUCAUAAAGAAGGCAAAACUUUAAUUUCUCCUCUUAAAACCCAGGAUGCCAAACUGAACGUACUUGAAAAUCCAAAACAGUUCGAAACCCAUGAGACAAACACAAAUACUUCGAAUAGUGAUAAUCAUAAAUACUUAAAAGUUUUAACGCCUACAAAAUUCAGAUCAAACAAAGAUGAAUUCAGCCGAGUCGAAAGUACAAAACAACUUGAAAGAGAAAACGAAGCAGUGAAGAGCAAGCAUGGAGGUGUAAAUAUUAGAAGAGAAUUGAGAACAAAAAUAUUAAAUCUCAAUCCUCAAAUUCCUAAACAAGAAUUUGUAUAUACAAAACCUUGCGAUGAAGCUGAAACUACAAACAGUACAACAAGUUCCACUGACAAUCCUAAAACUGAAAGUAUAGAAAAUACAAUUCACAAGACAGAAAAGCUUUUCAACAGACUUGAAGAAAUUAAAAACCUUACAGUGAAAAUACAGAAGAAUAUCAAUAAUGUGCAAAUGCCAGGUAAAGAAUUUACAGAAAAACUAUGCAAAAAUUCACCAUCUACAAGUAGUGCUUUGAAUUUCCAAAAUUCUAAUGAAGAACAGUCUUGUCUUACUAAAUCUCAAGGUUAUGAGAAUUUAGCCGAAGAGUUUGGCAUAAGAGAACGUCCUCCCAAAAAAUUUACACACUCACCUCCGACAACACCAGGUGGAAAACCUUUGUUUUGGAAAGACAUACUCCCAAAAAAGACCAAUUUACAACCGGCAUUUAACGAAAGGUGGAGGCUCAAAAAACUAAAACAAACUCAGUCACUUGACGAUGCAAGAAUCCACAUGGAUAUGUCAACCCAGAUGUCCCCAAAUCAAACCAACCGGGGGAUUUUAUGCAGCAAAAAACUUUGCGCUGUUCACCCGAACGAUGAAUCUGAUGGUAAAUUAAAACCUGAAGUUCUGAGAGAAGCUUUAGACAAAGCAAUUAAAAAAAAUAUGAUUCAGCCACAUGUCACUUUUAAUCCAGAUUUAUCUUUUAAGAAUCAAUCAGCAUUGAUAAACAAAGAAAGUGAGAAGUUAUUGGAUCAAAACAACUUUGAAACAAAUGCAAAUGAAGUAAAUGAUCGAGACAGUAGUAAAUCUGCAGAUACGUCUGAGAAUCGAAAGUCUGUGUCUACUCUACGUUCUAGUAACUCUAAUGAACGAAGUUUUACCAAACUUCAUAGGAGUCCAGAUGCAGGAAGGAGUGGGCUAAUAUUGAAAUCAGAAAAUGAAUCCCUGCCUAAUCCUCAGUUAAUCGGUCCUUCAAAAUCAGGGUUGUAUCUGAGUAGAGAUAGAACUGAUAUGGAUCCUCCGAUUUCCACUCGACAAGACCUCAGUUACUUGACAGGUUCAACUUGGGAUAGAAAGAGCUCCAAUCCACUUGGGCUUAUAAGCAACCAGUCACAAAGAAAACAUAUUAACGGAUUAGAAAGAAGAGUACCUUCAUCCAUAGGUCUAAUAGGCCUUAAAAACCCUCAUGGCAAUCAAACCGACACCACCACCAACAUGUUUCAUGGUCCACAAAACAGGAGUACUUUAAUUUUUGAAAACGAAAAUAUCGAAUGUGGUUCAAGUGAGUUUUCAGACAAUAUUGAACAUUUUCACAGUUCAUCCUCUAAAAACUUGAUUAAACAAUUGGAAAAUAUAAGAAGCAAUGUGAAUGAUAAAAAAUCAAAUUUAAGCAUAUUCUCAACGAAUUGUAAUAAAUAUUCAAAUCUUCAGAAAAAUGAUUCUCAAAAAACGUACAAUGUAUCAAACACUAAACCACAAUCAGCCAACCAGGGUACAACGACAAAUCAUCCAAGUCACCAUGAACUGAAGCCUGCGAAAAAAUUUGGCAUGGAUACAGGAGAAAGUCCUCCACCUCCUCCUCCUGUGGAUAUUAAAAACAAAAUGUCAAUAGAAUCAGCAGAAAGAUUUCUGAAUAGUCUACCAAAUACAUCGAAAAAAUUGAAGCAAACGAUGUGCCCAUUGGCAACACCGAAACAGGAGAGGCUUUGUUCACUUUCUCCUGAAAAAGACAAUAAGAAGUUCAUUAAACCAACAAGCUCUGAAGAAAGCAUGUGUAAAAAAGUGGCUGGUCUGUUUGAGUGUAGUGUAAAUUCUGAAAAUUCAUCAUCCACAAAAGAAUCGGGACUUGUGGAACAAUUGAAAGGAAAAGAAAACAAUAAUAAUCCAAUUCAACAAAAAUCAGCAUUAUCUUGGUUGAGUCAUGAUUUGGAUAGGGCUAAAAAUUCUGAGAAAUCACAGAAUAACAAUGAGGAUUCUUGUAAAAUCCCAGUUAAGGAGCGGUUCAAGUAUUCUCCCAAGUCAUUUUUUCCAUGUGCAGCAGCAAAAAAUAAGACGAGUAUGAAAGAGAAAUUAAAGACAAUGCCUAAAAAAGAGAAAGAAUUUCUAAAAGACCCAGACAUGUUUAAGGAAGUUUUAGGACAUGUUAGAAGGAUGAGGCAGAAAUAUGCAAACAUGGUCGAAGAGGCGUUGAAAUAUCCUAAAAAUUUCAAAAUUAAUUCUUCAAUGACGCCGUUUACAUAUCCAGUAUUUCCAUUUUACGACAAAGACAGAACUGGCAUAUCAAUAAGCAGUAAUGAUUUAAAUUUAGACACGGCAUAUAAAAAGAGGAAAGAUAUAUUCUAUAAAUUUUUAAAAAUGAUGAUGAAAAAAGUAAAAGAAAUAGAAGAAAUGGAGAAUAGGCAAAGUUUGAACAGGAUUGAACCUCUUGCAGAGAUCAAGAAUAAAGAUCAAACGCUGUUAAUAUCCGACAAGCCUUCAGUUUCAAGACUUGACACUGGAGUUCAGACUGUGAGAAACAUAAGUAUUCAAGCGAGUUUGAGUAAAAGCUUAGAAUUUCUACAGAAAAAAACUUACACCAAAGAAGAUUUAAUAGCCGAAUUUAAACCAACUGAAGAGAUCAUUAAAGAACAGAAUAAAGAACAGUCUGUCUACAACAUGAACCCACUUUAUAAAAAAAGCUCUAUUUUAAAAUUUAAAAAUCCAAAAAGGGCUAAGGAAAAGAGCUUUGGGAAAAUUUCUAAAACAUCCAGGUCAAAAAGCAGAUCUAAUAAAUCGGAUGAGUUAAUCGCAGAAACUAGCAAUAUCCAGAAACCAGACCAACAACCCAAUUUGCCACCGGAAAAGAAACCCAUUUUACCACUGGAAAAACAACCCGUUUUGCCACUGGAAAAACAACCCGUUUUGCCAUCAGACAAACAACCUGUUUCCUCUUCUAAACAGAAACUGAAAACCAAGGAAAAGUCAACUGAAUCUAUUAAUGUUUCAGACUGUAAAACCAAUACUUCAGACAAUAAUAAUAGUAAUAAUGAAAAAAGAAAUUCAACAACUCCAAACAUUUCAAACAUUUAUGGGUUACCACCUAAGAAUGUAAGCCAUCAUGAACAUUCGUCUUUACUUAUAAAUUUAAAAGAUAACAAUUCACAUAGUAAUUCUGCUACUAAUCUAGAUAAAACGAUAUCAUCAGAUAAUGAACGUCCUAAGUAUAAAAUAGCGAAUGUCAUGUUGGAUGAUGAAGAUAUCGUGAAGAACAAGAAACUAAAAGAAGCUGUGAUCAUUUUAGGUGAUACUCACGGAAAGCGAGAGGCUGUUAAAAUCAGUAUAACAUCUCAACCUUUAAACAAAAACACUUCUGAUAAAAAAUUACCAUUAUUGAUUUCAUAUGAUGAAAAAAUGGAAAAAGAGAAAAAAGAGAAAAUAAAUUUCCUCAGCUUGAAGAGUGUGAAUGAUAUCAUAUCACACAUUGAAGCACAAGUAAAAGAAAGAAUCUUUGAUGAAUCGGCUCGAAAGAAUAGUUGUUCAUUUCACAAAAGUAGUUCAACCAAAAAAAGCUUUGCAAGUCAUACUAAAAAAAGAGCAGUGCGUGCACCCAGAGCGAAACCAGUAUUAAGCACAGGACGAAAGCUAAAGAAAAGAAGUUUUUUUGGCACUGUAUCUGAAUCACCGGAAGAAGCAGAAAAAUACUUGAAACACAGGAGACGGAAGUGCAAAUGUAACCGAACGCCCAGUGAAACAUAUUCAGUUGAGGAAAAGAAAAGAAGUAAAACCAGUUUAUUUUCAAAUGAAAACACAAAAACUUCGCGUGAUAGUAGACAGACAUCAAAACAUAGCCAAAUGGGUAAAUGCACUGGUAGUAAUAUGACCUGUGCAAGUUGUUUGAAGGAAUUUAGCCAAAAUGACAAAGUAAGCAGUGAAGAAAUGUAUUCUCACAAUGGAUCAUCACAUGACUACGAAAUUGUGAAAAAAUGUAAACCAACUCUCGUAAGAAUGAGAAAAGAAAGUAAUCAAAGUACUGAAAAAAGCUCAGCUGAAGGUAAAACCACUCCGACACAUUAUAAUAAAGCUGAAGUAGUAAAUGAAAGAAUGAAAAAAACUAAAACAAAGUUUGCAGAUGAGUGUUACAAAGGAAAUCACUAUGUCAACUCAAACAGAGACAAAACAUCAAAAGGAAAUGAAAGUAAGGUAAAAAAGGUCAAUAAAAGUGUGAAAACCAAUUUUAACGAUAUAGAAAAUGAAUCUAAAGACAUUAAAUAUAAAAGUUCUGUUGAAGCCAUAAUCCCAAGAAAAGGAGCAUUGAAAAAUUCAACAAUUAUAAAACCAGCUUCCACGGAUAGCGAGACAAAGAUGUAUAAAAGGGCAAUUUCAAAUGAUUCCAAAGUAGAGAUUAACGAAGUUCAAAGCACAACUACAAUUAAACCUAGUAGAGUCACAGUACUUUCUGAUAAAAAUGCAUGCCUGUUGCCAAAAAAUUCAUCUCUAUCAAUACUUAAACACACGCUUGAUGAAAAACCUGAAAAUAUAUAUAGUGAUUACAUAAAAAAGGCCUUUAAGUCCGAUGAGAGUUUAAAAACUAGUAUGCAAAUUAUUAAUAAAUUAUUGUCACAAAGGGGUGUAAGCACCGAUGAAUCGAGUGAUGUCAGCAAAUCUACUAUUGUAUCUGAAAAAAGCGUAAAAUCAAAAUAUAAAAAUGCAUCUGCAUCAACGAAUAAAGCAAAUAAAAAAAAGAAUUUUUUUCCUCGGGUAAAACAGCCACGAGGGAUGAACAUUUCGCUUUAUGCCUGUUCGAACAUCCAAGACGAAAUGUCAAAAGGAACGGGGGUCAAACAGAUCGCUGAACCUUUAAACCAUGCAAAAAUAAAUGACGUCUUGAUCAAUGGGCAGAAGGUAAAAAGCCGAAAGCAACUGAGGAAAGCAAUCUACACAGAAAAAAAUCGUAUUCCGAAUAUUGAACUCAUUAAGAAGCAUAAAAAAAAAAUUACCUCUACAUCUACAACACAUCAGAUGGAUACAAACCCAUUAGAGAAAGUCAAUAAAAAUACCAGCACGGACACCGUAAAAGAGAAAAUGAAUGUAAAAUCUACAAUCGCGUUAAAUAAAAACUUGAAAGGCAGAAGCAAAAAUACAAUCCACAAAGAAAAGAUGUCCGUCACAAAAACAAAAAGUAAAAACAAGCUUCCACCUGCACAUUCAGAAAAUGUUGGCAUGUGUCUUACAGAACCAAAUGCAAAGGAUACAAUUGACGCUGUGAUUAAUGAGAAUAGUUUCACAAAUAUCAACCUAACAGAACUUAUUGAUAAGCUGACAGUCCUCGAAAGGGCUGAAAAAAUGUUAAAAGAAAAGACUUCAGGCUCAAAAAGAUACUGGAAAUACUAAAUAAAUUGAUUUUUAUACUAUUUAUACAGCACAAUUUUAAAAUUUUACAUUUAAAAUAGGUUUAUUAU